AUGAGUAUACCGCCACAGACUGUGUUCCUGGGUGUCCUCAUCCUCCUUGCUGUGCUUCAAGCAACUGAGGCAGGCCCCUACGGCGCUAACAUGGCGACAGCCUGCUGCCGUGAUUACGUCACAUACCGUAUGCCCUGCGCGGUGAAACACUUCUACUGGACCUCAGACUCCUGCCCGAGGCCUGGCGUGGUGUUGCUAACCUCCAGGGAUAAGGAGAUCUGUGCCGAUCCCAGAGUGCCCUGGGUGAAGAUGAUUCUCAAUAAGCUGAGCCAAUGAAGAGCCUACUCUGAUGACCAUGGCCUCGGCUCCUCCAGGAAGGCUCAGGAGCCCUACCUCCCUGCCAUUA